AUGAAGUCCCUAGCCAUCUUAUCUCUGGCCGGCCUCGCCUCGGCGCAGGUGGCCGCGUACGGACAAUGCGGCGGCAGCGGUUAUACCGGCUCGACGACCUGCGUGUCAGGAUACGUGUGUCACUUCUACAAUGACUGGUAUAGCCAGUGUAUCGCGGGUAGCACUAGCAGCAGUACGACCACGAAAACGACCAGCACGACCACCACCUCCAAGACGACCACCAGCACGACGUCCAAGACCACUUCCACCACGACGGCCGUGGCUACCUCGACGGGUUUCCCAAGCACCAAUGGGCUCAAAUUCACCAUUGAUGGGGAAACAAGCUACUACGCGGGGACGAAUUCGUACUGGAUCGGCUUCUUGACCAACGACGACGACGUCGAUCUUGUCAUGGACCACUUGAACGAGUCCGGCCUCCGCAUCCUCCGUGUAUGGGGCUUCAACGACGUCAACACCGUUCCCUCCUCGGGCACAGUGUACUACCAGCUCCUCUCCGGUGGCACAGCGACUAUCAACACUGGCGCCGAUGGCCUGCAGCGGCUGGACUAUGUAGUCGCAUCGGCUGAGCAGCGCGGUGUCAAACUCAUCAUCAACUUCGUCAACAACUGGUCGGACUACGGCGGCAUCGCUGCCUACGUCUCCGCGUUCGGCGGCAGCGCCACCAGCUGGUACACCAACGAGGCCGCGCAGACUGCGUACCGCAACUACAUCAAAACUGUCGUUGCCCGGUACAUCGACUCCCCGGCGGUGUUUGCGUGGGAGCUCGCGAACGAGCCGCGCUGCAAUGGCUGCGACCCGUCCGUCAUCUACAACUGGGUCGAGUCCACCAGCGCCUAUAUCAAGUCUCUCGACUCGAAGCACAUGGUCUGCAUUGGCGAUGAGGGCUUUGGCCUCAGCACCGACUCGGACGGCAGCUACCCCUAUACCCUCGGCGAGGGGUUGAACUUCACCAUGAACCUGGCCAUUGACACCAUUGAUUUUGGCACGUUCCACUUGUACCCGUCUAGCUGGGGAACCACCAACGACUGGGGCAACGGUUGGAUCACGGCGCACGGCGAGGCGUGUGCCGCCGCAGGAAAACCGUGUCUGUUCGAAGAGUACGGUGUGACAUCCGACCACUGCACCGUGGAGGCGCCGUGGCAGGCCACGGCCUUGAGCGCGGAGGGCAUUGCGGCCGAUCUAUUUUGGCAGUACGGCGACACCCUGAGCACGGGCCAGACAUCUAACGAUGGCAAUACAAUUUACUAUGGAUCAAGUGACUUUACCUGCUUGGUGACGGAUCACGUCGCUGCUAUUGAGGACUCAUGA